AUGGAGUUCGAUGAAAAAUACACGGUGGUCGAGACUGCAUUCGAAGGCGUGAACUUCAUCGACACGGCCGAAGUGUGUGGCUUGGGGCAGUCGGAGAAGCUACUGGGUGGUGCCAUCCAAAAGGGAGUCCAUGAGGGCGUCUUCAGCCGUGAAGAUCUGAUUAUCUCCACCAAGAUUUACUUCGGAUGCAAGGACAUGGCGACAGCAGGAACCAAUGGGCAAGGGAGCACUCGAAAGCACAUCUUGGAAGGCACACAGGCGUCUCUCGGGCGUCUGGGUCUCGACUACGUGGACGUCAUUUUCUGCCACCGACCUGACCCUUUCACGCCUGUCGAGGAGACUGUGCGUGCCAUGAACUAUGUCAUCAACAAGGGCUGGGCCUUCUAUUGGGGAACCAUCGAGUGGCUCCCUUCGCAGAUCAACGAGGCCUGCGAGAUCGCCGACCGUCUCAACCUUAUCCGACCCAAGUCCCAGUACAACAUCUUCGAGCGCUCUCGCGUAGAGUAUGCCUACGUCGACCUGUACAAAAAGUACAAACUUGGCCUUACGACGUGGUCUCCGCUGGCAUUCUACAGAGCUGGGCUGUUCACUGCCGUAAAUGUCGAUCGCCUGGGCUGUUGCGAACGAAAACGUGUCGACGGUGCUGGUAGGGCCAGUCGCCCCUCGCAGCUGAAGGAAAACUUAGAGGCGAUGGCAUUUGUUGGCAAGAUCACACCCGAGGUGAAGGAGAAGAGUCAACUUUGUGCCGGCUGUGCCGGAGAUGCAUCCGUUCGCAUUCGGGCGUAG